CCUUGCUUUUUAUUUAUCCUGAUACCGGAUUCGAUUAACGCAGCGCUUACACCCCUCACUCCAGUGCAACGAUGGUCCAGGGGAUGGAUGAAGAGGAUCUUCAUCAAGCACUAGCAGAUUACAUAAUUAGUGCCAGUGAGGAUGAGGUGGGAUGCACACACCACUGCAGUUAUUAUCUUGAGAAAAUAAAACAGUAGCAUAUGGGCAUUUCCAUCUGAAAGGACCCAUAAGCAUCAAUAUGUAAAGUUCUGAGUAGGGAUGAAACGGUUACCGGUAUCACGAUAAACCACAGUAAAAUUCCCAACGGUUAGCAUUACCGUUUCAAACAUUAAUUAUCAAUAAAACUGUGUUUGAUUACCGUGGCUUGAAAAAUUCACUGUAAAUACUGUCCAGCAUCAACCAAAGUUAGCAACAGUCUGACGCAGGCGCAGCACGCAACGUGGGUUUUGUUUUGUGUGAAAACAUGGCGGAAGGCAGUGACAGCGCUCUGGAGAUUUUUCAGCCUUCUAAGAGGACCAAAUCUGAAGUGUGGUCGUAUUUUGGGUUUUACAAGAGUGCUGAGGGAAACUUAAUCGAAGAUGGUCACCCUGUCUGCAGAACAUGCAACAACAACAAAAUCACUGCGAAAGGGGACAACACUUCAAAUCUCUUGAGUCAUCUUCAUGACCAACACCCACUACUUUAUAGCGAAUGCAAGAGUGGGCGUUUACAGAGUGGGCGUGCAGCAGGCAAACCCAGUGAUGCUACUGUUCCAUCCUCAUCUACAGCUGGGAUACAGACACUCCAGCAAGCAUUUAAAAGGCAGGCUGCUUAUGCACCAACAUCAAAAAAUGCUCAAGGCCUCACUGCAGCCCUUUCAUAUUACAUUGCAAAGGACAUGAUGCCGUUUCAAAUUGUUGAGAAGCCUGGCUUUCUGAGGCUGAUGAAGGUUGCCGUGACUCACUACAAAGUGCCAUCACAAACAUUACUUUCCAAGACUGAAAUCAAAGACCUGAACAACCAGGUUAAAGCUGAUGUUGGAAAAAGUUUGGCUCAAGGCACAUGGUUUGCUGCAACUACUGACCUCUGGACCAGUAAAAGCGGGGGUGGUCAACCCUACAUCAGCUUCACUAUCCAUUACCUCACCCCAGACUGGCAACUGGAAUCAAACUGCCUGGAAUUACAGUUCUUUCCAGAAGAUCACUCGGCUCACAUCAUCAGAGGAUUUUUUGAGAAUAUGCUGGAAGAGUGGGGGAUCAACAAGAAAGACCUGGUCUGCAUAACCACAGACAACGCAACAAACAUGAUCAAGGCUUUUGAAGAGUUCCCAGAUCUGUGGCUUGGGUGCUUUGGCCAUAAUUUGAACCUGGCCAUCUCAAAGGCUCUGAAAAUUCAGGGUUGACACAGCAGUUAAGGCCUGCUGUCAUCUGGUCCAAGGCUUCUGACGGAGCUGGAAGAGGAGAGAACUGAGAGAAAAGCAAGCUGGCCUCAACAUGCCACAAAAGGCUCUGAUCCAUGAUGUGGUGACCCGAUGGGGAUCUACACACAAGAUGCUUGAGCGUUUCCUCAGCCAACAGCAGCCAGUCUGUGCAAAACACUGGCUGGAGAAAGAGGAACAUGGCAUCUGAUGCCCAAGGAUGCCGACAUAAGUGUCAUAAGGGAGUAAGUUUACAGAUGCACUUGCCUCAGAGACACGAGUGACACUGUCAGCCAUCAAGCCUGUCCUGGACCACAUCACCCGUGAUGUUCUGGUGGAAAAGGAUACAGAGCCAUCCCUGACCAAGGAGAUGAAAAGGGUAAUGAGAGAAGACCUUAACAACAGAUACACAGAGAAGGCAAAUAGAGUCAUGCACAUGGCUUGUUUCAUUGACCCCCGCUUCAAAAGGAGCCUUUUAGAUGAGCCUGAGGCUGCAAAAGUUGACACUGACAGCUGUGUCCAGAAGGCCUUGAAGCUGGCAGCUGAACAAGAAAAGGGAAGAACCACAAAGCACCAGCAGCACCACCAACACCCCCGCAGCGGCAUCGGAGGGGAAAGGCCUGGCUGGGUUACUGAGAAAGAGGCAGCAGAGAGGUGAAGAGGGUCAGAUUCCGACCACCCCAGAAGACAGAGUGAAAGAAUCAAAUCAAAUCAAAUGUAUUUAUAUAGCCCUUCUUACAUCAGCUGAUAUCUCAAAGUGCUGUACAGAAACCCAGCCUAAAACCCCAAACAGCAAGCAAUGCAGGUGUAGAAGCACGGGAUCAAGGGAUCAAGGUCUACCUGUCUCUGCCAACCAUUCCAGCAGAAGAGGAUCCCCUGGUGUGGUGGAGGGGCCAUGCAUCAGAGCUGCCUCACCUUGCCAGGGUUGCCAGGAAGCUUUUGUGCAUCCCAGCAACCAGCGUGCCAUCAGAGAGUGUUCAGUGCCAGCGGGCACAUUGUUUCCCCUCGCAGAUCACUACUUAAACCGGACAGUAAAUAUGCUGACAUUUUUACAUUUCAAUCUCAAGUGAACGAAGAUGCAUCCAUACAGGAUGUUAGGCCAGCAGCACCUUAUUUCUGUAUGAAGGAGAGAACGGACAUACAAUCAGCGCUGUUCAUUUGAUUUUUUUGUGCAUAUUUUGUGUUGUUAUUUUAAUGUCAACACCUGCACAUUGGAUGUGUUUACAUGUGGUUGUAUUGUUCUUAC